ACUCGCAUAUAACGAGACAUAAAUCAUCUUCACAGUAUUAUUUAUUCUUAUUUUAGACUGUAAUCUAUGGUGAAUGAUGCUCGAUUACUCGGGUCUGAAUCUGUGAUCAGCUCGUCUGUCCUGUCAGCACGUGUGAUUUCAGAGCAGCAGUGUUUUUUUGGGAUCCGGUGUGUUUUUGAACUAUGGAAAGUGUGGUGCAAUCCCGAAUUCCAUCAGAGCAAAGCGAGAUUUUAGGAGUUGAGUCUCAACAAGGAGCAGCAGCGGAUGCAUUCACUAAAGCAUUCCUAAGGAACUGCCUUCCUCAAAUGAAGGAUGAAGACAUUGAGGAAAGUUUGGUGCACAAGGCAGUGGUACUGGAAUAUAAAAGAUCGAAGAAGAAGAAGGGAAAGACAAGAAAGGCCAAGGGACUGAAUGCCAAAGAAAGAAGACAGCUGAAAAUAUUCCAGCUCAAACCUGAACAUCAAAAAUAUGAACUCUUCUUGCCUCUGCAUGAGCUAUGGAAACAGUACAUUGUGGAUCUGUGUAAUGGAUUGAAACCAGGAAGCAACCCACAGAUGAUCCAGCAGAAGCUCUUGAAAGCUGAUUUCCACGGUGCUGUCUUAACCGUUGUAAGAUCAAAAUGCCCCUCGUAUGUUGGUCUAACUGGCAUCUUGGUACAGGAACUGAAGCACGUCUUCAAAAUCAUUACAAAAGAAGACAAACUAAAAGUUAUCCCGAAGAGGAAUAGUGUGUUCAGUGUGGAGAUUAGCGAUUUCGUAACACACAUCUAUGGCAGCAAGUUUGAACUGCGCUCCAGUGAGCGGUCAGCAAAGAAAUUCAAAGUAAAAGGAACUAUUGACUUGUAAUGGGUUUUAAACAUCAUGUCAACUUUAACUGUGGACUCAUAAUGGAGAAUUGAGACAAGAUAUUUAAUCAUUAGAGACUUUUUAGCCCCCUCCUUUUAUUGUUAUACUUGGAAAAAAAAAAAAAAACUUUUUUUUUGUUUUGUUUUGAAUGCUUUGACCAGGCAUGAAUCUAUGAUGGGCCAUUUAGGAAAAGUAGUUGUUUUAGAAUGUCCACCAGGGGGAGCCUUUUUGGAAGAGAAGGGAGUAAGAAUUUUCUUUUUUUUUUUCCGUACCUGUCAUCGUACCUGUCACUUCAUUUUUAACUACUAUUUAUUUAUGACCUUACUAUAUCGUCAGGGGUAGGCAGCACUGCAAAUUCUACAAAUAAAAGUGCUUCUUCCUUAAAAAUAAUUUCAAAACUCUUCAAAUAUAUGAUGAUAUAUUUCCAAUAAUCUCCUCAGAGUGGGAGGUAUUUAACUGUUAUAUAAUGUUUAUUUUUAUACAACUUAAGUGAAGUACUGUUAGUAGCAGUUUUUUCAGUGUUCUUGAACUAGCACCACUUCAGUUUUCAGUUAAAAACAUUUCAAGUAACAUUUGAACAAGUUAUGUGGUUUUGUUUUACAGAAGCAUAUGUUGUAAUAGUUGCCAGCUUACAAAACUUUUUUUCCCCACAGUGAAACUGGGCCUGAUACUUAGUCAAGGUUUUUUCCUUGUUUGUUGACUCGUAAACGCCUCUUCUAGUAACGGCAGGGAAAUCCCUCCUUCCUGUACAAGACACAGAACAGGUUUUCUAAUUAAAUACGUAAGCAUUUUGUUUAAUGAUUAUAUAUUUAUUGCUUAGUGCUUUUUUUUUUCUUUUUUUUUUUAUGAGAGCGCAUAGUACAGAUUUUGAGUAAAGACAGUGAUGGAGUUAAAGGAGACUAUGGCUGCUUAUGUACUGAAAUAAGACAACUAUGGGUGUCAUCAUUCUUACAAAUUCACAUGAAGUCCAUUCAUCAUUCUGGUGUGCAAUGUCUUUUAUGAGAAAAGGGGUCCUUGCAUUAAAUGUCUCCUCUGAAAUCACUGUGUCAAGUGUGUUGCAUCAUAAGGAUGUGCACUUCCUCUAAAUCACUUUUUUCUUUUUUCUUUUUUUUUUUUAUUUCUACACAAAACAA